AUGAGUGACACACGUGCUGGGUGUUCUCGCGAUUUUGAUGAGUUUUCCUCUGAUUCAAGCGUCAAAAAUAGCAAUGAGUUUGACUCAGAUGAUAGUGUAAAGGACAGGGACUAUACUGAAAGUGAAAGUGAGGACAGUUCGUUAUCUUUUGAAGAGCAACAGGAACCCACUAAAAAAUGCCGUGCUCAUGUUCCAACUCCUGAGAAAAAAUUCAGAAGUAGGUGGCGGAAGAAAAAUGUAGAUAAAUAUGUAUUAAGAAAAACACGUCGAAAUCUUGGUUCACCAUAUACAAGUAAAACGGGUAAAGAUAUUGAAGCAAGAGUUUUAGGCCCACCUUGUGGAUGCAAGAGAAACUGUAGGAUAUUGCUCCGAGGCACGGAAAAGGAAAUUUUUGACGAAUUUUGGAAUAUUGGCGACUACGACAAACAGAAUGCGUAUUUAUACCACAAUAUAAAGCGGCUUCCAAAAAACCGGUCAUAUCCAAAGAAAACCAAGAAAAAUGUUUCUUCUCGGAAUUUCAGUUUCAACUAUUUUGUGAAGGUGAAUGGAUUCGAUGUGAAAAUAUGCAAAAAAGAAUUUAUUUCCAUCUAUGGCCUUACUUCUCAAAAGAGAUUACAGUUACUGCAAAAACAAAUGAGUGAAGGCUUAACAACACCCAAAUCAGAUCAACGAGGAAAAUACUUGAACCGGCAUAAUAAAAUAUCUGAAGAAGCUUGCCAGUCAGCCCAAGAUCAUAUUAACAGCAUACCCAAAUACACAAGCCAUUAUAGCAGAUAUAAAAAUCCGAACAAAGUAUACAUUGAUCAUGAUCUCAAUAUACCGUCUUUAUAUCACGAUUAUUAUAAGCCCUGGUGUGCUGAAAAAAAUAUAAUACCCAUAAGUCAAGAUAAAUAUAGAAGGAUAUUUUGUUUAGAAUUUAAUAUUGGAUUUAAACUACCUAGGAGUGACACCUGCAAAAUAUGCGACGAAUUUGAUGUGAAAAUUGAAAACUUUAAAGGAGUUCAACAUUCUUUGAAGCAGUUACAGAUAGAAAAGGAGUUACAUUUAAGGCGAGCUGAAGCAAUGAAAAACACUUUAAAAGAUGAGAUAAAAUGGACUGCUUCAAAAGAUACAUAUAUAUUGUCAUUUGACCUUCAGCAAGCACUUCCUGUGCCUUCUUUAACAACGGGCCCAGCUUUUUACCUGAGAAAGGCUUGGGUAUACAAUCUUGGUAUACAUGAUUGCGUAAAUGACAAGGGCUAUAUGUAUAUGUGGUCCGAGAAUAAUGGUAAGAGAGGCAGCGAUGAAAUUGCUAGUAUUCUCUUGAAACAUUUUAAAGAGCGAGAACACCUCCCUAAAAAUCUCAUCGUUUAUACGGAUAAUUGUGGAGGCCAGAAUAAAAACUGGGUCUUGGUUGGCUUGUGGAAGCAGUUGGUGGUAGAGGGUGUCUUCGAUUCUGUAGAGCAUAGAUUCUUAGUAGUAGGACAUACUCAUCUACCGUCUGACAGAGACUUUGCUAUGAUAGAAAAAUAUAAAAAGAAAAUAAAGGCAGUAUAUGAACCAGCAGAUUGGUUCGACAAUGAAAGCCCAAAUAUAAUGAAAAUAAAACAUUUUCUAAAUGAGAGUUUUAAAAAUGUAAAUGUGGGAAAAAGAGGUAUCAGAAAACAAUGUUUAGCAGACUGUCUUAAGCAGAAAUAUGCGGAGCCAAUAAAACUAAAUCCGAAAAAACUUAGUAACUUAUCGCUUUUGCUACCUUAUAUACCCGAAAUAAACCAUCAAUUUUAUUUGGAAAUUGGUGCCAAAAAUUUCGUUCGUCAAGAAAUUGAGGAACCAUCAACCGAAAUAGAACAUAUAGAUGAAGAUUACCCCUUAAGUGAUGACUAA